AUGCAGAAGCCAUUCAAGAUUGAAAAUAUACCUGUCGAUGAUACAAAAUUCUGUCAUACAUAUUAUUGGAAAAUUUUUGAUGAAUCUUCUCCAAGGCACACAUAUAUUGAGCCAAAUAAUUUGACCGUGUACUUUGGACGAAAUUUUAUUCUAAGGGAAUUAAACAUCGUCUUAGCCUCUAAAGCAAAAGAAGAAUUUGAAUUCCACUUUGGAAGUAAUAGUUCUAAAUUGGUGAAGUUAAAUGUGAACAACGACUGUCAUCUCCAAAGUGAUCUUGAUGGUUUUCGCAGUUUCAACUGUCCUCUUUCGUCGCUGGGUCGUAUUCCAAUUGAUCUGGUUACAUUCUUUACUGAUAAUAUCAGCAAAAUGAAGAUUUUCAGCGUUCCAAGUAAGCGAUAA